AUGGCGUUUCUCUUCAUGACAACGUAUUUGGGGUUCCUUGCAGAUGUCUUCGGGGUUUCCUUACAUACACGCCGGCGGAUCCACCGCACCACAGGAUGGAUGGCGGGUGCCCUGCCGACUGUCCACAUCGUCAUUGCAACAAUUGUGCAGCAGGCAAAUUUUUCGCUGCACAAGUCUGACAAUCUUUUUGCUCUCAUUCUUUGGAUCUUCCUGUACCGUAACAGGAUCUUUUCGUCUCACCGGUAUCCUCGAGCAUUAGUCACCUGUGACAAGGACAACAACGGUGACGAGAAGGACGAUGAUGACAAAAAUAAGGAGAAAGUGAUCAAAAUCCGUGUCGGCCUUGCACGACCACUGGAAGUGAAGGCCGGCCAAUACAUCAGUCUGUGGAUGCCUUCUGUGAGCUUGUGGUCCUGGACGCAGACUCAUCCUUUCAUGGUUACGUCUUGGUCCCCAGGCAAGCAGGAUACUCUGGAACUCUUUGUGCAGACUCGCCGUGGUUUUUCAGCAGAUUUGCAUUCCUGGGCAGCCAAAGAAGGUUCUGCUUCAUUCCUUGCCUUCGUCAGCGGUCUCCAUGGUACCAGUGAGCCUAUCGGUCAGUAUGAGAGCGUCUUGGCGAUCACCAGUGGCUUUGGUAUUGCUGGCGUGAUCUCAUAUCUCAAGCAAUUGAUCCAUGGCUACAACACUUCGACUUCUCGAGUCCGUCGUGUGCAUUUUGUGUGGCAAUUGCGGACAUUAGAUAUUGCUAUUGCAGCCCAACCGCUGCUAAACAGUCUCCUGAGCGAUGAUGUUCUUGAUGAUGGCUAUAUCCUUGAAGUUUCUCUCUAUGUGGAAUCCGGCAUGACAGUUGAGGAUGAAAAGCCCUUUGGAAAGCACGACCGAGCCUUUGUCUACAAGGGAGUACCGGACUACCAAGAGGUAAUAUCUGCGGAGGUUUCCGGUGAUUAUAUCAGCGAGUUAUUGGCAAUAGAGGAUAUCAAUGGACGUAUCAAUCAACUAACCCAAACAGAUCUGGACACCGGAUGUCUUGAAAAAGCGUGGCGAUGGAUUGAUCCGCAAUCGGCUGCGGCAUCUGCUCGCUCUAACUUCCUCCGCUGCAGAAGAGAUAUACCCAUUCAAGGGCCAGAAGGCUAA